UGCUAAUUGGUCAACAGAAUUAGAAUUAUAUAAAGGCCAACUCUUGUUCAGCAUAAAUAGGGCGUACAGCAAGAAAUUUUGAUUGCAACAAACAAAGAGUGAGAAGGAGGGCGUAUAUUUUGUUAUUUUUUACUUCACUGGGUAAAUAUUUAAAUUCGGUCGUCGAUAGCGGAGGAAACCCUGUCUACCACACUUCAUUGUGUCAUAAAACGCUGGUUGGGCUGGGAUAGGCCCACAUGAAAUCCAAGCAAAACGAUUGUCCGCACAUCGAAGUUAACUAGUGCAAGAUGUCUGCAGAUCCGUCGAAAUACAAGAUGGUUGUUGUAGGAGCUGGAGGUGUUGGAAAGAGUGCAUUAACAAUCCAGCUGAUACAGAACCACUUUGUAGAAGACUAUGAUCCAACUAUUGAGGACUCCUACAUCAAGCAAGUUGUUGUUGAUAGUGAAAUAUGCAUUUUGGAUAUUCUGGAUACAGCUGGCCAAGAAGAGUAUAGCGCAAUGAGGGAGCAUUACAUGCGUACAGGAGAAGGUUUCCUGUGUGUUUUUGCUGUUACGAGUAAGAAGUCUUUCCAAGAAAUUGACACUUACAGGACACAGGCAUUACGGGUGAAGGAUGCCGAGAAAGUCCCUAUGGUUUUGGUUGGAAACAAAGUUGAUCUUCCUAAACGAGAUGUGAGCACAAAGGAGGCUCAAGAUGUGUCUAACAAUUAUGGCAUACCUUAUGUAGAAACCUCUGCCAAAACGAGGCAAGGCGUGGAAGAAGCAUUUUUCACGCUGGUCAGGGAAAUUUGGACCGACCGUAAACGCCAAGAAACCCAGAAGAAACACGAGGUGAAAAAGUCAAGAUUUAAGUGCGUUGUAUUGUAGAAAAGGGGAUGUAUCGCUAGUAUGAAUUAUGGAUCUCUUUUUAACAUAUGGUGCUUUAGGGUUACGUUGCUAGGCAUGUCUUGUUUGUAAGUAUUAGCCUCUGUUGGACGAUGCUUCCAAUGGGGUUAUAAAUAGAAACCGAUCGAUUGCGUCCAGAGUUUUAGCUUGCUAGAGCAAUUUAUGGCGUGCUUUGGCAAAUAUCGAGCUAAAUCCCUUCAUCUUUGGAAAACACUAUUUCUUUCCACGACCUUUGUCAGGUAUAAUUUGGGGAAGAAAGCAAAAUUUCAGGAUCUUUGUCAGGGUACUUCUUUAGAGAUCGUCUUUUGUAAAUGGUUUUCGGAAUAGCCUAGGAUUUGAUUCAUAUUGAUCAAUGAACAAGUAUAGAUUUUUCUCAGAUGCUGGUAAAGAACUCUUUUUCAAAUAGUUAAAAAAGCUUUCCUUUUUUGCUGACUUUCAACGCUAAAGAGCUAGCACUGAAGCUAAUAUCGCUCAAAGUUGCUUUUCCCCAGCCGAAAUAUCAUAAACAUUAUUUACCUAGGUAAUAUUUAUGCUUUGAGCUCAAGGACGUCAACCCCCGCUAAUGUAGCUUUUAUGACAUACACCCUUCUUGGAAAUAGAUUUAGACCAGGGGGCUUAUAAGUAUCUCGAUUGUUUGUAUUGGUUUCCAGCGUUAUUGAAUAUCAGAUCGCUUGAUUGAUUGAUUGCUUAAUUGAUUGACUGAUUGUUUCAAUGAUCGAUCGAUCGACCAGACAGAUGAUCGAUAGAUGAUCAGUUAUCGUUGCUAUGUUACAAUCUUGGCUGGAGCCGUUGAGAAAAAACUUCCAAACACGUGUCAGGUGAGCAUCUACCCACGCCUUCCCCUAUUCAAAGUUUGGGUUUACAACCUUUAAUCCUUUAAUAGCAGAAAUAUCAAUAUUGAGCCGAGGGAAGGGUGGAGAUGGGGUAAAAAAACUCAACAUGAUCUGUCCAAGAUUGUAACUUGUGUUUGAUAUAUGUGAUAGCCUGUGCACCCGAUUUUACAUUAACUGGCCAUCUCGGGCAGAAUUUUGAAAUGGGGUUUUUUCAGAAAUCUAAGUCUUCGUCACUUAGUAGAUUUAAAUUUUCUUUGUUGAUUGAGAGGUAGGUGAGAAUUCUUCAGGUAAAUUUUGAAUUGUCUUUAUUGUCACCACGAGUGCAAUUACCGGUAUUGCAAGUAAAGUGUGUGCGGAAAUUUCUGUGAGCCCUUGUCAGCCUUUAGUCGAAUUGUUACUGUCGUGACAGAGGAAUUAUUUAUCAUGGAUCUCAAUGAAUUUUAUUCGAAAAUUUAUAGCAUUGAAGUUUAACUUUUGCUUAUGAGAUGUUUCGAUGGAAUUCUAGUGUAGAUCUGUUAAAUUCUAGUGUAGAUUCAGGCUUGAGGAAAAUGUUGUGAUAAAUUCGUAACGCAGAAAUCACUUGCUAAAAACUUCUGAUAAUUCCCCCGGACCAUCGCAGCUUUUCUGUCCAGCUCUUUGCUCAACUAAAACAUUUUAUAAUAUAUAUUCAUGCGACAGUGGCUUUUCUCAUUGUUUUCUUAGGUCAUUUCCUCACUUUUUUAAUGGUCAUAAGUUAUGUCAUACCAAUAAUAUCACACCAUACCCUAAUGUUAAGACUAUUCUCUGCUAUCUAUCCCCCAAAAGCCAUUCUCCGCAGUCAUUAGUCCAUAUGUCUUGUUUAGCUGUCCGAUGUGCUGCUAAAAGUCCUUGCAGUCAGGGACAGUCAUCCUUUCUAUCCAGCAACCCAUUUCUUUUCGCCUGGGGUCAAGCAUGUAUGCAAGCACAGGCCCGACUGCAUAUUCGUAAAUCGUGUCUUGCACUUUGCGAGGACUAGUCGCUAGCGAUUGCUAGCGAAUUUUCCUGGUUAAUUAAUGAAUGUUUUACGUACAUGUAGUAUUUGCCCGAAUUUGCUAUUGUAAGAAUUUGAAUACAUUUGUCAGUCUUUAAGUUUCUCUGCAUUGUAGCGAAGAUAGAUACUUUCCUGCAUUUUGUAUGUAGUUCAUAAUACUAGAAUAACUUGGCUAAUUAUAGUUAUUCCUGAUAUAAGUUAGGUAGUUUCUUCAACUUUGAGCCAAGAUGUGUCUUGUGGAUACCGUAUCCCUGUCAAGAUAUACGAUACCGUACCUCCGUCUAUCAAGUGCCAAAACGUAUUUAUGUGAGAACUGGCCUUUUGUAUUUAGUGUCAUGUUUAACUCCUCAGAAAGAUUUUUCCAGGGGGACUGGAUUUGGAUUUUAGGCCUUGCUAAUAACAAGCUGUUUUCGCAAUUUUUGACGACAUAGUUUAUUACUUCUUGGUACUUCUGGUUCAUGCUUCCUUUGCUCAAAGCUCGUUGAAUGUGAAAUUAAACUUAGCCAUAUUACAAGCUCGGCCAUCGAGCCAAACAUCAGUUCUAGUUUUGAAUACUUUCCCCUGCGUAAAGUUGUCAGCAGUCUAUACUGAUUAAGACUUAACAUUCUUAUUCAAUAUUCAUGUUGAAUCAGAACCAAAAAUGGAAUUUUUAAAAUGGCUAGUGAACUGAUUUUGCUGAGAUCAAAUUUGAAGAUCUUACCAAUGCUGUUAGUUUGUAUGUAGCUAUAACAAUUCAUUAUUUUUGUACUUUUGAUGCUAACUAAGUUUGAAUAUGUAGUUGGUAAUUUAAUUGCUUAUAAAUGUAUUGUUUACUUAUUGAUUUGACCGGAAUAAAGUAGUAAUGAUUCAUUGUAAUUGAUUGAUUUAUCAUUCUUACGAUGCAAUUUUUGACAAA